CUUCGUCUGUCUUGAUUACAAUUAAUCUCUGAAGCUGAAGCCAAUGAAGGCUUUGAUUCAAGGUCUACUCAGUGAAUAUUUCCACAAAUAUGACUAUGCCAUGUUGUCUCUAGAACGUCUUCAAAACCACCUGGAACUCGAUAGUUUUGAAGAUUGUGUCCCUUGCUAUGAAACGAGAUCUGCAGUAAAGGCUCUAGUUCUGACACAUUGCUAUGGCAGAGGAAAAACAAAGGCAGAGAUUUCUAUACCAAGACUACCUCGCGGAAUAACACUGGUGGCAGCUAAUGCUUUGCCUAGCAUUGAUUUAACAAAUAUACUUCCAACCAAGAAGCGUGCAGGAAGAGGAAGAGCACGCAUACUGACCCAGCAUGCAGCCGAUCAAGCAGAACAGCUUAAAAGAUUCCCUGCAAGUACAGCUAGGCCUGCUUCAAUAGGGACAACUGGAGAAUCACUGUUUCAGUAUCCCUUUGGAAGUUCUACAUGCUCAUCAGAUUCAGGAACAACUCUUUUUGAUGAUUCUGAUUGUUACAUGUCUGAUGAAGAGAAUGGAAAUGAGGAAGAAAUCCUGCUGCCAUCACAGAGAGGGAUGGUGAGUCGUCCCUUUCUACCACCACCGAAACAUACAAAAUCUUUUGAUGUUCAAUCUAAAAAUGAUUUCCCAACACUUGGAGGAACACCUCAUGAUGACGUAAACAUGAAUACCAACAAUGCAGCUACAUCAGGAAGGACAUUCCCACCUUUACCACCAAGACUAAGCAAGAAAGUAACUAACGUAGACAUUAUUUUUGAACCAAUGAAAGACAGAAAGUCAAAGAAGAAACGAAAAUCAGAAAAUAAGAACAGAAGCGAAACUAAAAAGGCUUCUGCAAAUUCUCAGGAUACCCACAAAGAUAUACAUACUGACAGUACUAUGAUAGACUUGGAUGUGAUUUGCCACGCAGAAGAAAUUACCAAUAAAGAAAAUAAUUCUGUGAAGGACAUUUUAGAGGUAUCUGCACAGAUGGAACCUUUACCUGUAGAAGCAGUCGUAAAAGACUCAAGUGGUGGUGAGAUAGACUCAAAGAAAACAGUCACAUCUGACUCUUGUGAUGUGAAGAAUGUGAAAAGAGUUCAGUUACAACACGAAGAGUCUUGGACAAUUGUUGGGGCAAAUGUGAUACAGAUUGAAGGUAUCCCUACAGAUGGAAACACUACCGAAUUAGAGGAAAUGGUUUCAGCUUAUGGAGUUGUUUUGGAAUCGGAGAAGAAGACACUUUGUGAUGGGAGAGGGGCUAUGAGAUUCAGGUACAGUGAUUCAGAUUUCUGUGAGUGGGCUGUGUCUUGUCUGCAUGACUCUGAUUGUGUCUUCCCAGAUUCCCCUUGUAAUCUGGUGUGCUUCAUUGUGGAAUGAUGGAGAACAUGAUGAGACAAGGGAGAGCAGCACAGUUCGUGUAUGUAGUGAGAAUAAACACCCACUAAGAAAGUACCGCCACUCUGUAGCCGCCAGGAAGAUCGAAGUUGGUUAUGCCUGAGAACCAACUAGGCUGCCAUCAAUGAUUUUGCCAAAAAUGUGAUCUAUAUGGUCUUAGUGUCAUUUAGAAGCUUCUUUGUUCACCUACUAUAGUUUUGGGAGAAGAUCUGAACAGCAGUUGAUCAGCAAGAAAGCCAAAGGACAAAGCAAGUUGUUCAUACAAACAACUUUGUCAACGUAUUAUACUGAAAGAUAGCAGUUGCCUGGUUUCAUUUAGGAUAACAAUAACACCGUUGAAGUAGAUUAUUUAUGAAUUAUCAUAUCAGACUGAAAUAUGCAGU